AUGUUUUGUCUCGGUUCAAUUGUUUUUUUAAUACUACUAGGGACUUCAAGAAACAGACUUUUCAAUCUACUUGUCAAAAGAUAUCUGCCAAGGGUUAUUGAUCAGUGGACAGUUCGAAGAAGAGUGAAUUUAGCACAGAUGAUUCACGAAAAGGACGAUUAUAGGUACACGUAUGAUUUGGUACAAGAACGACAAAGUUUGGAUUUAAGCAUUUGGUCCCAGCUUCGAAAGUAUCUCAAAACGUAUAGCAGCAAAAAUCAAAGGUCUCAGGAACAACAUAAGGCUAUGGCGAAGGCAUUAAUAUAGCUCAUCGUUAGUUUAUCAUUAGUUUAUUUGUCAUUAAUUAGGGACCUUGUAUACUUAAAUAAAUACUUUAUUUGAUUAACUAUCAC